AUGGAGAGGAAAAGCGCCAUCAAACAGCGCGCACCAAGUGACACAGCCGCAGACAACAAACAGGCGCAGCCCGCGACUGCCCUGAGAUGCAAACACUGCAACUGUGGCUUUGCGACCGUUUCAGCAGAAGGGGAUCUAAACCCGACCAUGCCACGUGAGCAGGCUUGCGCAUCAUGUGAGCCCUUUCUUGGCCUGUAUGAUACGUUGAGGACUGGAGAGCAAGAGCACACGGCAUUGCUUGACAGAGGACCUAAGCAUCAUGGCCGCAUCAUGGCGCACGAGCAGUUUCGAAAGGCUAGGGUCGCGCUUGAGAAUUUCCUGGUCAACAUCGAAGCGCCCAACGACGUAUCCUUCGAUAUAACGCAGGCGGGAUUUGCGAAUCACACAGCGCCCGUGUCACUCAAGUGCGCACAAGAGCCGGAAGAAGGCCCAAAGCAUCCGGAUGACCAGAACAAUCUGCAAGGCGCAUCACCGCCAGUCGACUGCGUAUCGUCUACAGCACCCUUACCCACAAUCAAGCGAAAGUUAGCACGUAAAUCUAGCGCUUCAACUCUCGGGCGCAAGCGGAUCAGAUUCUGCGAAGAUGUCGAGGAGCGUCCUGAGUACAGGGAAACUCUGGAGUACUAUCGUGGCGCGAAGGAGUACGUCCCAGGUCGCUACGCAGUGACAGAAGGCUCCGAGUAUGAAGAUACGAGUGGCUCUACUAUAUCAUUCGCCAAGUUCACGGGCCAGAAGAAAGUAGGCAUUAAAUUCGUCGACAUUGUACCGAAAAGGAAGACACAGGAUGGCGAAGAAGGUAUAUCUGUAGUCCAAGGGAAAGGGAAUGACGGCAGCAAGAAGAUGCUAGGUUUGCCCGAGAAACCUGACGCGCCAGAGAAGGAUGAGACUCAGAUGAACAGCCGAGAGUUGAGACUCUCCCGGCGGGCUAGAUCAACUACUCCACCGGCAGAGGUGAGGCCACGAAGGAUAUCCGCCCAGUACGACGGACAAGAAGUCAGAUUUCCAGAAGGUUCGAAUGAUGCACCAUCCUUGGUCGUUGCACUGAAGGGCUCCAGCCUUUUCGAGACUCACGCGCUCCCCAACGGUGAUCAGUCAGCCCCCGUCUUGGAGGAUACACGCGGAACUGAACGAGUCAUUCGCAGUGCUGAUCUCAACAAGACUGCACUCAAAGCAAUUGAGCCUGCAGCCAUCGGUCAAGUGGUUUCGAAUAUAAGACGUGAAUUAAGAUAUCUCCAGCAAACCACAGUCACUCCGAAGUAUCAAGAUAUGGUAUCGGAAGCUGUGCAUGGCUGCUACGAAGCUCUGAAGCCAUUACAGCACCUCGACUGCGUUCGUUCACUUCACUUUGACAUCGUUGAGAGCCUGCAGGAAGAAGAAGAUAGCAUCUAUUUCGAAGCCUUCGACGGUACUGGCGAGCCAACCUUGAUAGCUGUACCCGAGCCUCCACCGAACCCAGACAAAGUUUUUCCCACAUGGAGUGAAGUAAUAGCUCACAAUAAAAGCUCACGCAAGUCUGAUACCAGCCUUGCACCAGACGCCAACCUUCCCAUCGACAUGCCUAAGGGAAACAAACAAAAUUCGCAUGAAAUUUCAGAUCUUGAGAGAUCAGACAAUGAUAACGGCACAAAUACCAGGCUACCGACACUCUCUACCGACGCUGUUGAGAAGAGAGCCAAUCAGACCGAGACGGAGGGUGUGACGAGGGUUGGAUCACAAGAUGAACAUUUAGAUGGCCACUUCACAAGACCUGCUGCUGCUGCCUAA